AUGGGCCAUGGCCACGGCCAUGGCCACGGUCACAGUCAUGGAGAUGGCUGUGAUGACCACGACGAGCACCCCGAGCGUGGCGUCCAGUCGUCCUUGUUUGACGCCAUUGAUCUACCUCACGUCACCUGUCUCAAUGAGGCCGCGUCUGGAUCCAUCAGAAACGUCUUCAAGCCGUAUCAUGAGCGCGAGGACCGGACCACUUGGGUGGAGAGUGAUGCGGAUGAGCAAUUGAUCGUGCACAUCCCCUUCACGGGUGACGUGAAGCUCAAGUCGAUCACGGUCAUUGCCGAGGACGGGGAUGAGCACCCGACACGCAUGGUGGCCUUCAAAAAUCGUGACGACAUUGAUUUUGACAACGCCGACUCGGCACCCAGUGACCAAACCUGGCAGAUGAACCCAGAUCCAGAGGGUCGCCACCCUUAUGAAACACUCAUUGCCAAGUUUAACGGCCUGCGCAGCUUAACCCUUUACUUUCCCGAGUGCGUCGCCGGCGACGUGACAAAAAUCUAUUACAUUGGCCUGAGCGGAGAGUGCAAAACUGUGGUGCGCCGAAGCCUCAUCACCGUGGCUGGUACGUUUGCUGGAACAGCCCCCGCUUUGCUUUGA